UUUCCCACAGAGCAAAGCUCUUCCCUCCUUUGGUCCUCUUAACCACCUUUCACUCCAACCGCCACCACCACCCCUCAACUCCGCUUUCCCGCAACCCACUUUCGUAUUCCAACACGAAGGGGAAAAAAAGAAAGGCUUUGCUCUAAUCCCUUGUUCCUCCCUCCCCCGCCCGCGAUAGGGCUUUAACGACUUUAUCAUCACCAUCUUCGCUCUCUGCUGCCUGACGCGAGAGCGGAUAAGUAAUAACAAUUAUGGCUUCGAACAGUACACCUUCGCCUCCUCACCUUUCUACCCAGGAACUCAAGAACGCCGCUGCCGGAGUAGUAUCGGAACCAGUAUCGCUUCCUCGACCUCUCAGGAAUUCGCAAAGCUUCAGGUUGGACGAAGGUUACAGUGGGGAGGAGACCCCUAUCGUGUACGACGAGGCGAGCGGUCAAGAUUUACGAACGGUUAGGGAGGGUGUGGACUUUAAGAUUCCUCCUUGGAUGGCGGGCUUGAAUGAUGCUCUAAGGGAAGAAUAUGCCUACAAGCUCAUACGCACCCUGCCCACUUCGCGUAUUGCCUCACUGGUUGACCGUUUAGUUCCUAUUCUCUAUCUCGAUUUCGUACAGAUGCUACCCCCUGAACUGUCCCUUCAAAUCCUGUCAUUAUGGAAAGAUCUAUACGAAGUGCAGGGUUGGAGGUCCAAUGAUUCGGAAAUUAUAAAGCUCGAAAAUCAGCUGCGUGAGGGACCGGAAGACGACCUGAAGCAGCAGAUGGAGGCGAAGAGGAAGGCUGAAGACCAGAAAGAUGAGGAGAAGAAUUUAAGGGAUAUUGCUAGGAGGAAUUCGGAGAGAUUUAGGAAUAGCGUUGAGAAAUCUGGUACAACUAACACCGAGGUGGACAUGAAUAACAUCACUCAGAGCACUGAAGGUCUAGACAUGAGUUUCUAUUCUAAUGUAUCUCACGAUCCUGGGCCGAUUCCAGGACAGGGAACCUCCCCUCCGCUUCCCAUCGAGCCUACUUUGACUGUUCCUGGAUACGGAUCUCCCAGAGUCAAUUGGGCAUUUCUCUUCAAGUAUCGAAAGCGCCUUGAGGACAAUUGGAUACAUAAUCGAUAUUCUACUUUCCAGAUCCCCCAUCCUGAUUUCCCCACCGAAGGCCAUGCUGAGUGUAUCUAUACCAUUCAGUAUUCCCCCAAUUACCUUGUCUCUGGCUCCAGAGAUCGUACUAUUCGGGUUUGGGAUAUGAAAACUAGGAGAUUGAGAGGUGAGCCGCUCAGGGGCCAUACUGGUAGUGUCUUAUGUCUACAAUUCGAUGAGAGCCCGGGCGAGGAUAUCCUGAUUACCGGGUCUUCGGACGAUAGCGUCAUUAUUUGGAGGUUUUCCACCGGGGAGAUAAUUAGGACAAUCGAGAAGGCCCACCAGGAGUCGGUCUUGAACUUGAAGUUCUCAAAGAGGUGGUUGGUUACCUGCUCUAAGGAUAAGCUCAUUAAGGUUUGGAAUAGACAGCAGCUAGAGACAACAGAUCAAGACUAUCCUUGGCAUUCGAACUCUGGCUCUGCGCUUCGUAAUCCUUUUGCUAGUGGCGCGUUUAUUGGCACCAGGGCCCCAUCAACGGGACCUGCGAAGACUCUUCCACCCUAUACCCCUGUGCAAGUCCUUAUUGGGCAUGCUGCGGCGGUCAACGCUAUCCAACUUCAUGGGGAUCAGAUUGCCAGUGCUUCGGGUGAUAGGCUCAUCAAGUUAUGGAACCUAAAGACAGGCACCUGUGAGAAGACUUUUGUUGGGCAUACCAAGGGGAUCGCAUGUAUCCAGUUUGACGGUCACACAAUCGUUUCUGGAAGCUCCGAUCAGACGAUCCGAGUCUUCGACGGCAGAACCCAAGCGGAGAUCGUAACCCUCUCUGGGCACCGCGCAUUGGUCCGAACAGUUCAAGCAACCGAGAACCGCAUAGUCUCCGGGAGCUACGAUGAGACUGUACGCAUCUGGAGAAGAGACAUCGACGGCCAAUGGACUGACAGCCACGUCCUCCGCCAGGGCGGACCAGAAACCCACCACCCCCGCCUUAUCCAUCAUGCAAUGCACCCAACAAUGCCCGGCAACCCUCAACAAGGCGCCGUGCCUCAAACCCCGAUCCCCCAAGCAGCCAUUCAAAUGCACCAAGUCCACACUGUUGGGCCUGCGCUCGCAGGCGCCGUGGCCGCAGCACAACUCCUACCAAACCCCCACCACCACCUCCAUCACCAACCCCAACCACCACCACCUCCCCAGGCGCAGGCUCAGCAGCAGCAGACGCCGCCUACACAUCCUUUACCUACGACCAGCGGUACCCACCGCGUGUUCAAGCUUCAAUUCGACGCUAGGUGGAUCAUUUGCUGUUCGCAGGAUAGCAAGAUCAUCGGAUGGGAUUUCGCGGCGGGCGAUCAAGGCAUUGUCGAAGCAAGUCGGUUCUUCGAAGGGGGGAAUUGAUUGAUUGAUUGAUUCAUCUGGGUGUUGUGAUUGUCUUCUUUGCUUUCUUUCUAGCUAGCUAGGGUGAAUUAUGGAUAUCAUUGUCCGAUUUUUUUCGUUUGUCUUUCUUUCUCUACUCUUCUUACCUUUCUAGUAAGUCUCCUACGUAUCAUACCUACCUCAUAUUAUUACUGGUUCACGGCCCGCAUAAACAUAACUUACUACACCCUUUUUUCCUUUUAUUUCUUCUCAUUUCUACCUCCUCUAUCUCUCGUCCCGUCAUGCAUACCCUAUUUUCGCAGCAAAAGAAAUGGCGCAGUUAAAAUGGAUGGGUUGGUGUUUUUUUCCUCUUCCUUCUCCCUUCUUAUGUCAUGCCGGCACCAUAUCUACCUCGCCACCCUGCUAUUAGCUACUAAACGCUACCCAUACCGGUGGCAACUCUCGUUGUACUAUCUCUCUUUGUUUAUAUUCCUGUUUAGUGAGGGGUUUCUCUUUCCAAGCUUUUUGUUUUGCUAUAGUGCAGGGUGGUUUCUGCUGUUUUCCCAAUCUCAUUGAUUUGACUUUUUCCUUGGUUAGCUUGGUGGUGGAAACGAAUGGAAGGGAGAAAGAGGGAAGGAUGGAUGACGGGUUGUAGAUAGUUGCUGAAUUGGA